GUAUACGUAUACAUACACAUUUCAAUUUCCAUCGAUUUGAAUUUUCCUUCGCAGUAGAAAAACGCGUAGAUAUAUAUAUACUACUUACCAUUAGAUAGUGUUUUUUUCUCCUUUCAAUCUUGCCCAUUGCGUCGUCGUUUGAUUUGGGAAACGGCAGCGACGGAAGGAAGGAAGGAAGAUGGAGCUGCAUCAUCUGCAUCUGCAGUCCACUGUGAAGGAAGCCCUAAACGCGCUCUAUCAUCACCCUGACGACUCCGUUCGGAUGGACGCCGAUCGCUGGCUUCAAAAUUUCCAGCGCACAAUCGACGCUUGGCAGGUUGCAGACAGUUUGCUUCAUGACACAUCCAGCAAUAUAGAAACCUUGAUAUUCUGUUCCCAAACCCUCAGAAGCAAGGUGCAGCGUGAUUUUGAAGAACUUCCUUCGGAAGCUUUUUAUUCAUUACGACUUUCUUUAAAUACCUUACUGAAAUCAUUUCACAAGGGACCUCCUAAAGUUAGAACUCAGAUUAGUCUUGCAGUGGCUGCAUUAGCUGCCCAUGUGCCUGCAGAAGACUGGGGAGAUGGUGGGAUUGUAAAGUGGAUAAGUGAUGAGAUGAAUUCACACCCUGAAUGCUUACCAAGUUUUCUGGAACUUCUUAGAGUCUUGCCUGAGGAAGUGUUCAACUACAAGAUAGCUGCUCGCCCUGAUAGACGUCGAAAUUUUGAAAAUGAACUUGUUUCACAGAUGAAAAUUGCUCUUGAUCUCUUAACUGCAUGCUUGAGUAUUAAUGAGCUUGCAGAGCAGGUUCUUGAAGCUUUUGCUUCUUGGCUGCGGCUAAGGCAUAGGAUACCACCUAAAGAUCUCGCUUCACAUCCAUUAGUGCACACUGCUAUCUCAAGCAUGGAUAGUGAUGUACUCUCUGAAGCAUCAGUUAAUGUUAUUUCUGAGUUAAUACACUAUACAACAGUCGGAAGUAUUGAUGAAGUUGAAUCUCAAAUGCCCUUAAUUCAAUUUAUUGUCCCGCAAGUUAUGAAUCUUAAAGAACAUUUAAGAGAUCCUUCCAAGGAUGAGGAAGAUUUAAAGGCCAUUGCCCGCUUAUUUGCUGACAUGGGGGAUGCCUAUGUUGAGUUGAUUGCAACGGGUUCCAACGAAUCGAUGGUGAUUGCUCAAGCAUUACUAGAAGUUGCUUCCCAUCCCCAAUUUGAUAUUGCUUCAAUGACCUUUAACUUCUGGCAUAGCCUCCAAUUAAUAUUAGUUGAAAGUAAUUAUCACGUACAAUAUGGAGGUGAAGCAUCUGCUGAAUCUGAGAGAGCCCGUAGAUUGCAGAUUUUCCGACCGUCAUAUGAAUCCUUGGUUUCUUUGGUUAGUGUCAAAGUUGAAUAUCCCCAGGACUAUGCUGGACUUUCAAGAGAGGACCAGAAAGAUUUUAAGCAGAACAGAUAUGCUGUAGCUGAUGUUCUUAUCGACGCAGCUUUAGUUCUGGGAGGUGAUGCAACACUAAGAAUUCUCUACAUGAAGCUUAUUGAGGCUUUUCGUAGUUCUGAACAAAACCAGCACAAUGAUUGGCGUCCUGCAGAGGCUGCUUUGUUUAACAUCCGUGCAAUCUCAGAUUUUGUUUCUCUUUCUGAAGGAGAUGUAAUGCCUCAGAUCAUGUCUUUACUCCCUAAACUUCCUCAUCAACCACAGCUGCUACAGACAGUUUGCUUGACGAUUGGUGCUUACUCAAAAUGGCUUGAUACUGCACCCAGUGGUCUUUCAUUUUUGCCACCACUGAUAGAUAUUCUUGUUGGUGGCAUGAGUAUUUCUGAGGACACUGCAGCUGCUGCUGCUCUGGCUUUUCGCCAUAUCUGUGAUGACUGUAAGAAAAAGCUGUGUGGAUCCUUAGAUGGUCUAUUUCAAAUAUACCAGACGGCAGUGAAUGGAGAAAGUCCCUUCAAAUUUUCUGCUGAAGACUCGUUGCAUAUAGUUGAAGCUCUAAGUAUGGUUAUCACAGAACUUCCCUCGGAACAUGCGAAAAAGGCCCUUGAGGCAUUGUGCUUGCCUGCUGUGGCUCCUUUACAGGAUAUCCUAAAUCAAGGUCCUUUAGUGCUGGGGCAGAAACCCGCACGUGAGCUAACUGUACCUAUAGACCGGCUAGCGAAUAUAUUCAGGCACGUAAAUCAUCCAGAAGCUGUUGCAGAUGCUGUCCAAAGACUUUGGCCAAUUUUCAAAGCAAUCUUUGACGUACGCUCUUGGGACAUGCGGACCAUGGAAUCUCUUUGUCGAGCAUGCAAAAAUGCAGUGAGGACGUCUAGAACUCUUAUGGGCGUUACAGUCGGUGCAAUGCUCGAGGAGAUUCAAGGGUUGUACAGACAGCAUCAGCAGCCAUGUUUUCUCUAUCUCUCAAGUGAAGUUAUAAAGAUAUUUGGGUCGGAUCCAUCUUGUACAGAUUAUUUAAAGGUCCUAAUUGAAUCUCUCUUCAACCACACAACACUUACACUCACCAAGAUUCAGGACUUUACAUCCCGACCUGACCUGGUCGAUGAUUGUUUCUUGUUGGCAUCGAGAUGUAUACGCUACUGUCCUCAGUUAUUUUUCCCGUCUCCUGUGUUUCCUUGUUUGGUGGACUGCUCAAUGAUUGGUAUCACUGUCCAGCAUAGGGAAGCCUCGAAAUCCAUCUUGAAUUUCUUAUCAGAUGUUUUCGACAUUGCAAACACUACCCAAGGAAAGCCUUACAUCUCCAUCCGGGACAACGUGAUCAUUCCCAGAGGCGCAGUGAUCACCAGAAUUCUUGUAGCUGCCCUCACCGGAGCUCUUCCAAGUUCGCGAAUCGAGACGGUGGCAUAUGCAUUGGUAGCUCUUGUCCGAGCCUACGGCGCACAAGCUCUCGACUGGGCAAAGGAAAGUGUGUCCUUAAUCCCGUCAAAUGCUGCAACAGAGGCCGAAAAAUCAAGAUUCUUGCAAGCCUUAUCUAAUGCAAUCUCCGGCACAGCAAUAAAUGGCCUGAUAAUUCCAAUCGAGGAAUUGUCAGGCGUCUGCCGGCGCAAUAGAUCCGUUCAAGAGAUCGUUCAAGGAGCUUUAAGGCCACUCGAAGUCCACCAGGUUAUCCCUCCUGUUUCAUAAAGUUUGGAGUGAUCGAUCCGAGAAGGGCUACCAAUUUUUCCGUCUGCCCUUGUCUUCGAUUCCGAUUCCAACUCCGACUUCGACUCUGUAUAUGGUGUGACUGAGAGUGAUCCUCCUAUCAUUUGGCAUGGCAAUUCAUACAUAGGUUCUUGCCUCUCAGAGAAAAGGGUUGUGUUUAUUCUUGUUUUGUUUUUUCAAGAACUCUAUGUAUCAUCUUUUUUGUUAUUUUAUUUUUUUGAAAGGAUUGGUUUAUUGUUAGAUUAGAUUGUGGAUGGAAUUGGUGAUUUCUUGAGGGGAGAUAUAUAUAUAUAUAUAUGUGAUAUGGUUUUUAUUGA